CUCAAUCUUUCAAUUGAGUCGGCGGAAAAAAGUGUCAAAUUUUUAACACAAAUCCGCGAAAAAUUCAGAUACCUACAUUUUAAAAAAUUUCUUUUUUAAAAGUUCAUCAAAAAUAAAAAAGAAAAAGUUUUGAAGAAAAGAAAAAACACUCAACAUAAAAUAGAAGACAAACAAAAUAAGAAGAAAAACACAAAAGAGAAAAUCAUCUCAAGUUUUCAAAACAGAAUAGAAAAUAGUAAGAUCGGAAAAUAUUUUUCCUACAGAUCGGAUGGGGAAUUUUCUUUCGAUCUUGACGGCCUAUCUUGGUGCAUGUUGUUGUUAGAAGAGUCAGAUAUUCAGAUACAUGUCCGUCCGCCUGUUUGGCUCGCGGCAAAGUGAUUUUGUGCCUCGCGUCAGGUGCUCGGCAGUUGGUCGCGCGCGUUCCACGCUGCGACAAAAGCCUGUGUUCUUUUUGUUUAUUUGUUUGUUUUUAAAUUUAUUUUUUAAUUGAAUUUUGUAAGUGUAAUUGUUUUACGGAUCGUUUGCCAAUGUGUCGCCAUCUACAUAAAGUGGGGUUCAUUGGCCCGCAGCAGAAGUGCAGCAUACUGAAUCAUUGGGUAGGAUUUUCUUUGAGGAAAAUUACCUAUAAAUUUACUAAGUGAAGUGUUGACAGACUGUUUUUGUGGAAGUUUUCAAAAACUCUUUGGAAAGAAUUUCAAAAAUUAAGAUAAAAAUCAUUUAUUUGGAAAAUAAAAAAUACAAAAUAAAAAUUAUACACCAAAACAUUUCCUCACCUAUAAAUAAAUUGCCAGAGAAUUAAAAGAAUCAAAAAGAGCAGAAAAACCACAACAGCAGAAAACAAAACAAGAGUGAAAAUCACAUAAAGUAAAAAUAAUGUUCAAUCUAUUUCGUCGCCGUGGUCGGCGAUCCUCCAAAGAGGAAAAACAAAUUAAGAAAAAUGUCGCAAAACUCGAUGAAUUCAAUGCAAAUCACAAUAACACCACAAGCACAAGCACCAGCACCGGUAUCAUCAGCGAAAACGAUCAGCAAUUCAAAUCCCAUUCCGAAUCUCAAUCUCAAUCCCAAGAGCCAACAUUUCUAAAACAUGGCGCACGCGCUUCCGAACAAAAGGUAAAUUUAGAUUCCACCGUAGUAAAACUACGACGACAGCAGAAAGAGACGCCGCAAAAGAGUUCACUUAAUUACCAUGAAUAUGGGGACUACCGCGACGGUGGUGUUGUUGUAAGUGAAAAUAGUACCACUAGUCGAACCGAAGGUGCUGAUCCGCUGGGACAGCGACGAAGUGACAACUACGACGGCAGCGAUCUAAGCAGUGAUCAGCUCAAGAAUCAAUCAAACGAAAAACCUGCCAAACGUUCAAAGGACAAGAACCAAUCGUCAAAUCGAAGAUCGAUCUUCUUCAGACAUUUCCAAACGACACCGCCAGCUCCGAGUGAAAACAGCUAUCACCAAUUAGACGAGGACCACACCGAGUUUAUCAAUGAAAAAGUCCCUACAAUAGGGACAUCAUCAGCGGCGAGUAGUAGUGGAAAAUCAUCGUCGAAACGCUUCAAUCCCAUUGAAAAGGGGCGCGAACUCUUCAAUGACAUUCUGAUGGCUAAGGGACGUCAUCGAAACCACCGGAGCCACCAUCAUAAGAACGGAGGCAGUGUAGGAGCACAAAUCGCACCGAAGGCAAACCAGGACCCAAAGAAGGACUACGAUUUGUCGAAGAAAACCAACCCUGAGGCGUCAAGGGUACAGCAUACUUAUCAAAUAUCUCAGAAGUCUAAAAAUACCCACGGGCAACAAAAACAGACUGCAGAUGGCGCUGCAGCAGCUGCUCACGAAAGUGUUGUGUCUGCUGUAAGUUCAGUCAAGUGCGCCGACUCCAGUGAUAUAAAUAACUCGAUCAAUGCGCAAACUCCUGCCACUGCCGCGGCCGCCACCGAAGAGAAGAGAACUGAUGAGGAUGUAAAAAACAAUGAAAGCUCUAGCGGCAAUCAGACGGUAAGCGAGCGCGCGUCCAUACAAGUACACCGUGAGAACGCAUCGGCAUCGGAAGACCUACAAAAGAUCGUUGCAUUAGAAAAAGAAAGGGAAGCAAAUCAGAAACGGCUGGAGUGUGAUCGCGUCACUGCGUCUUUAAAUGUCGGAGAUUUGCAGAAUCUUUCGGAAUUGACGGAAUGUGAUCGAGAUCGUUUCAUAGUCGAAACCAAAAACACCGAAGAAAUGGGUCAGUCCCAGGCGAAAAGCGAACCAACAACGGAAGCGAUUCCAAAAUCAAGAUCAUCAUCACCGAGCAUCAGGGAAUUUCGAGAGUCACAUGUUGCAGACGAUAAGUUUCAGCAAUCACCACCAAUAAUAAUCACCACCGCUGCCGCCAUCGAGUUAAUUGUGCCAAAAAUUGUCGUCGAAGAUUUUGGCAUAGCAGCGUCGUCAGCGGGGACUCCCUCAGAGAAGGGCGAGAUAUUUUACGAUUCGGAAAACAAUAGAAGUGCGCCAGAGCCCAAAAUUGAAGAUCAUCUGCUCAAAGUUCCCGACGAAGAUGACCAAGAGCCGGAAGAAGACGAUGCUGAUGACGAUGAAGAAUAUGAAGAGGAAGAAGAUCAAUGGCACUUUGUCAAAAAUUUAAUGCACCGCGACGACGACGAAGGCAAAUCUUCGGUGGCGGGUGAAAGUGCCACAAACUACCAAAAGGCUGAAAAUUCCUCAGACUCGAACCUUAGUAAUUCGGAUUCCGGCAUUGCCACCUCAGCGUCAGAAAACGUUCCGAAAGUCUUACUCCUCGAGAGUUGUGAUUUGCUCAAUGAUCGAAGCAAGGACAGCACGCCAAACCGACUCCGCGAUGGAAAUUCGACGGAUUGUGAUGAAAACCUGCCACUUUGUGAUGAAUUCGAUUAUUACAAAGAUUUACCGACAAUUGUUGACAGUGUUGAGGUCGUCAGUGCCGAUGACAGUCAUUCGGGAAUUCUAAUCGAAAGUAUAAGCUUACCGGAUGUUGUUGUCGAAUCAACAUCCGCUCAAAGUGUUUUAAAGAACAACUCAAGUGAUAGUGUAAACGGAAGUAAUGAUCAUCGAGCGGGUCAUAAUAAUGAAGAGGAAAAUGUCGAUAACAGUGAGAAUGUGAAAAUGGGUAAUGUUCAUUUUAUACCGAUUCGUGUGGAAAAGCGUCGGAGUAUAGAUGAUAGUGUGUUGAUGACGAAAUCGGCAAAUGGUGGGAAUUUACUUUACAACGGGCAGCAGUAUAAUGACGAGAAACCAACGUUGGUGAUAACUUCUGAGGAUGACGAAAACACAGAAGAUCAGGCUGCCAAAAAUACUGCUGAAUCAGCGGCUGCAGCUGCAGCGGUAGCAGCUGAAGAGGAAGAAAAACACAAGAGAGAAUUAGUUGAUCAAGAAACUCACUUCAAUGCUCAACUGGACGAUGCCCAAAAGAACAUCUAUAAUCUUCAAUCCAAAGUCACCGAACUGCAAUCAAAAAUUGACGACUUGGAAAGAGAAUUAGCAGCAAAAACAUGGAACGUUGAACGUCUUCAAGGUGAAUUGGGAGCUGCUCACAAAGAAGAUGAGUUUGUACGUAAGAAGCUUAAACUUCUCGAGGAUGAAAAAACUACACUUCGACAAAAAAGUUUCGAAACGGAAGAAGAUCUACAAAGGAAAUAUGAUGAUCUCGAAAGGCAGUACAAUGAGCUUGAUGAAAGGUACAAAGAAAUGAAAAGUCUUGCUGGCAAACUUCAAUUACAAUUAGCUUGUGCCCAAAGUGAAGCUGAACAAUGUCAAAAAGAUUCAGAAGAACUAAGGCAGGAAAAAGACGAACAGGUAAGAAUAUUGGAAGAAGCUUUGGCGACGGCAAAAGAAGAACAAGAAGCAUUACAGACAAAAUGGCAUAAAGAGUUUGAAAGUCUGCGAACGCAAAAUGCUGAUCGUGAGGAGAGUCUUAUGAGUGACUGUGAAUGGCAAUUACGUCAAAUGCAGAAAUCUUGUAAGGACAAAAUCGACAAAGCCGAACACCUGCGCAAAGAAGCCGUUGCCAAAAAUGAAAGAGUCCAACAGGAAGCCGAAGAAAAACUUCACGAAGUCGAACACUUGAGAUCUUAUGAAGCCGAAGUUAAACAAUUACGUGGCCUUACAAAUGAACAAGAAAAUUCCAUAACAUCUAUGAGAGAACAAAUUGAAGAACUCAAGGCGGAUCUAGUCACUGCCAACGAAAAUCUAGAAGAACAAAUUGAAUGCGUUCGAAAAAUCAAGUAUCAGUGUAAUAACUGCUCUUCACCUAAGUCUCUUCUACGCAUUAUUCUGACAAAUACUUCGCCUUUUAUUAGUGCCCUAUACGACAAGGAACGUGAAAUGUUACAAAAGAUCGAUGAUGUUCGAAAUGAAGCUGCAUCCUUAUGGGAAAAUAAAUUAAUAACAGAGAUGACAAGACUGAAAAUGGAACUCGAGUCCGUGUAUGUUGAUGAACGGCGUGAAGAAUUAGAUAAACUUCAAGCCGAACACAUAGAAGAACUGAAAGCACUCACAUCAAGAUACACAGCAAAUGAAGAAGAACUUAGAGCAGAGAUCGCACAAUUACGAUCAUCCCUGCAACAGCGAAACGAAGAAUAUGCCAAUCUACGCGAAAAAUCCGACAACGCUAUUCUACAAACAAGAAUGCAUCUGGAUCGUGCUGAUAGAGACUAUCAAACGGCCAUGUGUCGAGAGGAAGAAAAGAGAGAACAAUUAACUGAAUCCCUUCGAAAAGAACUUGAGGCAGAAAAGAAUGAAAUGGAGGAAAAGUUCCGUGAGCGACUGGGUCAAGUGCAAGAUGAGUUUAAUAAAGAACUGCAAACAUCAACACAGGAAAUGCAAGAAAAGCAUAAAAAGGAAAUGGAGCAACAAUGGCAAAGAUUGAUAGCUGAAAAAGAAGAAGCGAUCCAUGAAUUAGAAGCGCGGAACAAAAAGAAGAUCGAAGACGUUGAGGAUCGCCUUCACGAUGCUGAGACGCGUCAUCAGCACAACCUCAAGGAUCUUAAAUUAAUGUAUGACAGCGAAAAAGCAUCACUUGAUAAACGCGAUAUGAACAAUGCGAAUGAAAUUGAACAAUUGCAUCGAAAAUGCAGAUGUUUAACCAAUUUAUUCGAAGAAAUGCGAAUGCGCUACGAACGUCGAGAUCCACGACAGGAAGAUCUUCGAGAAAUCGCCGAGCUACGCAGCCGUUGUGAGGCUCAGGAACGAGAUAUCUUCGCAUUGACCGAUCGCUUACGGGAAAUGCAAAUUCAAUUGGAAGAACUUCAAGGUGGAGCCGGCGGAAAGAAGAAGUCUCAGGUGCGAAAGCCCCCACCAAAAACAAUUCCUACCAAUUGUGAUGUGAUUUAUGAAGAGAAUGAAGAACGCGAGUCUCCGCCACCACCUCCACCAAGACCAAUGACAUCGCCCAAUGGUCAUCUUCAUGGAGAAGCCGACGAUGAAGAUGAAGAUGAUGAUGAUGACGACGACGAAGAAGAUGAAGAUGACGAUGAGGAGGAAAAGGAAGAAGAAGAAGAAGAGGAAUCUGAAAGCACCCCUUACAAAAAAAACACCAUCAACGAUGAUGAUCAUCCCUCAACGAUAAUUAGUAAUAAGAAAACUAAUUCAUUGAAUCUUAUUAAUCAGCCGAUCGUCUAGAUUCAAAAGUAAUUUUAAUUAAUUAAUAUAACAAAGAAAAAAUAAAAACAAACGAUUAAAAUGUUUAGAAACAAAUUUUCGAAGUCGAAAUGUGACAGUUCGUUAAAGCCUUCUUUGGAAGUAUUCGAACAUUGUGACAAAAAAAAAUACAUUUGUUUUGUAUUUGAACUUGUAACUUUGAAAAACAAAAAUAUCAUUCUGUUGUUAUUUAGUUUUGUAAAAGAAACAAUUCUUAAA